UGAGGCUCAGAGAGACUGACAGGCCCAAAUUCAGACCCCCGUGUCGCCUGGCACGCAAGGGCAGGAUUCGAACCGCCAGGAAUAUGGUCUCUGCUCCCCACUGACCAGGUCUGCCCCAGGGUCCCUGCACCCCAUCUCCGGGCUGCGGGCCCAUGCCAGGUCCUUCGCUCCUUCGACCUGGGCCCUCAAGCAUCUCCCCCAGGAGGCCUCCCUGACUCUCAGUCCCUCUCUGGGUCUUUCAAUUUGUGUCACUUGCACUGGUUACUAUCUGGUAACUUACACUGACGCCCUCCGCACACCCUCACAUCCGCACAGGCCCCGGGGCCUCAGCAGAACCGGUGGCGAGGAGAAAGGAGCGUAGCCAGGAGGGGCGUUAGACUUGUGCUCCGGGCCCCAGGCCCUGGGACCGCGGGCGCAGGCGGAGAACGCACAUCUGGGUGCGGGGCCUGCUCCGGGCCGGGGCGCAGUUCUGCGCGCAGCCACCAGAUGGCCCCGGCGCGCCCGGGCAGGGCUUGCAGUAAGGCGCCGUGGCCGCCAGAUGGUGCCCGAGGCCGCGGCUCCGCGGGCAGUGCCGGGACAAGGCGGAGCCGGGCGGGCCUGCGAGCCGAAGGCCGCCCCGGUAGCUCCGGCGCACGUGACCUGCCACCGACUCCUGCCGCCUGCUGCCCGCGCCAUGGCCCAGCCCGUGCCCCGGCUCUCUGUGCCCACCGCGCUGGCCCUGGGCUCGGCCGCGCUGGGCGCAGCCUUCGCCACUGGCCUCUUCCUGGGGAGACGGUGGCCCCCGUGGCGACUCCGGCGAGAGCAGCGCCUGCUGCCCCCCGAGGACAGCCCCCUGUGGCAGUAUCUGCUGAGCCGCUCCAUGCGGGAGCACCCGGCGCUGCGGAGCCUACGGCUGCUGACCCUGGAGCAGCCGCGGGGCGAGUCCAUGAUGACCUGUGAGCAGGCCCAGCUUCUGGCCAACCUGGCGCGGCUCGUCAAGGCCAAGAAGGCGCUGGACCUGGGCACUUUCACGGGCUACUCCGCCCUGGCGUUGGCCCUAGCGCUGCACCCAGACGGGCGCGUGGUGACCUGCGAGGUGGACGCGAGGCUCCCGGAGCUGGGGCGGCCCCUGUGGAGGCAGGCCGAGGUGGAGCACAAGAUCGACCUUCGGCUGAAACCUGCCCUGGAGACCCUGGUCGUCACAGUGCCCAUGCCGGCCUGGGCAGGGGCUUCCAGCCGCCGACUGCGGACUCAGCCGCAUCUGCCCCUCCCUCCCCCGCAAGACGAGCUCCUGGCGGCCGGCGAAGCCGGCACCUUCGACGUGGCCGUGGUGGACGCGGACAAGGAGAACUGCACCGCCUAUUACGAGCGGUGCCUGCAGCUGCUGCGAUCGGGAGGCGUCCUCGCCGUAGUCAGUGUUCUGUGGCGCGGAGAGGUGCUGCAGCCUCCAAAGGGGGACGUGGUGGCCGAGUGCGUGAGAAACCUAAACGAACGCAUCCGGCGGGACGUCAGGGUCCACAUCAGCCUCUUGCCUCUGGGCGAUGGUCUCACCUUGGCUUUCAAAAUCUAGGGCUGGCCCCUAGGGAGUGGGCUUGAGGGAGGGAACCUGGGAACCCCAGGCAUUGAUCCUGAGUUUUAAAUCCAACAAUAAAGUGGGGCUGGGACACACGAA